GAGAGGAAGCAACAUGGCGACUGCGAGCGACCCGAAGCGGGACGCCGGCCAUUCGCUUUGAGCUUUCUUGCGGUAACUGAGUCCGUGGCUUCACUGAACUACUGCAUCCGUAUUUCUGCGAGUUUAGCUUUCCGUCGGUGCCUGAAAAUUCGAGUUGUCUGCACUUCCGGUGCGCGCUAGGACUGAGAAAGAAAAGAAUAGGUUUUUCUAUGUGUAAUGAGGGGGAGAAGAGGCAGGCCGCCCAAAACCCUGCUGAUGCAGGAGCCUUCUCCAGGGCCGGUGCGCGGUCUCAGACCCCGCAAAGGAUUAAAGGGGAAGGGGAGAGGGUACAGCGACGACGAUUUUGUGACACCCAAGCGGGGAAACCCUCAUUCAUCGCGUGGGAAGAGGAAAGCUGGAUCCGCGGCAUCGCGGGGUAGAGGCAGGGGCAGAGGAGCUGGAAGAGGCAGGGGGAGACGGAGCGCCGCUAGCGCCGUGGUUUACGAUGACCACGAGAGCGAUGAAGACGAGGAUGCGGUGAGUUUAGCCUCGGAGGAGGAUGAAUUCGUUGAAGAAGAGCCUCUCACGGAGGAAGAAGAUGAGGUCGUCGACAACGAGUCGGACUACCUCGACGAGCUGCCCGAGGAUGAUGAUGAUGAUGCCAGCUACUGCACGGAGAGCAGCCACGGCAGCACUCCAGGCCGGAGGAGACGACGAGCCCGUCGGCCACCCUCUCCCGUCCUGGAGCAGAAAGAGAUCCCUCCCCUGGAGCUGCCGAAGUCCUCCGAGGACCUCCUCAUCCCCCCUGAGCAGCUCCUGAAUGCUUCGGCCGUGUAUGAGGUGCUGCGCACUUUCAGCACAGUGUUGCGUCUCUCGCCCUUCCGCUUUGAGGACUUUUGUGCAGCGGUGGCGGGCCAGGAGCAGUGCGCGCUGCUGGCCGAGACACACAUAGCGUUGCUCAAGGCCAUCCUGCGUGAGGAGGACUCGUCCAACACCACGUUCGGGCCGGCUGACCUUAAGGACAGCGUCAAUUCUACUCUGUACUUUGUGGAUGGCAUGACGUGGCCCGAGGUGGUGCGAGCGUACUGCGAGAGUGAAGCCGAGUACGGCGGCGCUGCACUCGAGCACCUGGAGGCUGAGGAGUACCCGUACGGGCCGCUGGAGAGCAAGGUGAAGGUGCUGCAGUUCCUUGUGGACCGCUUUCUCACCACGAACAUGGCGCGCGAAGAGCUGAUGAGCGAAGGAGCCGUGCAGUACGACGACCACUGCCGUGCGUGCCACCGCCUCGGUGACCUGCUCUGUUGCGAAACGUGCUCAGCCGUCUACCACCUGGAGUGCGUUCGGCCACCUCUGGAGGCCGUGCCUGAAGAUGAGUGGCAGUGUGAGAUAUGUGUAGCACAUCGCGUGCCCGGCGUCAGCGACUGUGUCACAGAGGCCCAGAGGAGCCGCCCGUACCUGCGGCAGGAGCCCAUCGGCUACGACCGGCACCAGCGGAAGUACUGGUUCCUCAAUCGCAGGGUUAUUGUCGAGGAGGAUGGUGAGGAGGAAGGGAAGAAGAUCUGGUACUACAGCACCAAAGUGCAGCUGGGGGAGCUUAUCGAGGUCCUGGAUAAGGAAUUCUGGGAGAAUGACCUCUGUGCUAUGCUGGAGGAGCUGAGGGAGGAGAUCCACACACACAUGGACAUCACGGAGGACCUGACCAACAAGGCUCGCGGCAACAACAAGGCCUACCUCACUGUCGCCAACGAUGAGAUUUUGGAAAGGCAGAAGGCUCAUCAGGAGGAACUCGAUGAAGCGAAGCGGAAAUCUGCCGAGAAGGACAGCCUUGGGUCAAAGGUCAAUGAAGGUUCUGAGGGUGAUAACCCAGCCUCAUCUAUUGCCGAUUUGUCUUCGCCACGACCGGACUCUGAAGAUGGGAAUUCGGCCAGUGACAAGCUUGCUGCUGAUGCCCCAGCUCCUUCUGCUAGUGAAGAGAGUAAUGGUGCUUCUGGGCGCCCUCAGGCCGACUCAUCUGGCCCCUCUAAAGCCGACCCUCCAUCCUUAUCUGCAGCAGAGGACCCUGGGGAACGGGUGCAUAAGGAAUGGGCAGAAAAAAGCUCGGAGUCGGGUUGCGGAGGCAACGGCGAGCCCGUCCUGGAGAGCGAGCCACCGCAGAUUGCUGAUGAGAACAGCUGCAGCAGUCACUUCUCAGUUUCCGACUGCUUGAGGGCUCCUGAGGAGCCUGACCUCGCAGACCGCUCUUCUCAGUCCUCUCUUAACAGCCAGGACGAUGCCGGUGAGGGUAAAGGAAAUGGCGACGGUGGAAAGACUGGAUCGGCGACACGCAUGGUGACACGUCUCCGAAACCCGGACAGCAAGUUAAGCCAGCGCAAGGUCAUGCAGGACAAGGAUGCCAGCUCACAGGACAGCAAAGCACUUAAAGAGACUCCUCUGCUGUCCAGCUUGGUCAGGAAAGAUCUAGGCCUGAAGACCGGCUCCAGCAGCGGCUUCUUCAAGCUUGGCCAAGAGGGCAAAUUCCGCGUCUACCACAACCAGUACAGCACAAAUGCUCUGGCACUUAACAAACACCAGCACCGCGAGGACCAUGACAAGCGACGGCACCUCUCCCACAAGUUCUGUAUGACGCCUGCCGGCGAGUUCAAGUGGAAUGGCUCAGUGCACGGCUCGAAAAUGUUGACUGUGUCCACGCUGAGGCUUACCAUCAUCCAGCUGGAGAACAACAUCCCUGCACCUUUCCUGCAUCCCAACUGGGCAUCACACAGGUCCAACUGGAUAAAGGCUGUCCAGAUGUGCAGCAAAGCGAGAGAAUUUGCCCUGGCAUUGGCCAUCCUGGAGUGUGCAAUCAAACCAGUGGUCAUGCUCCCAGUGUGGAAGGAUUCUCUCGGUCACACAAGGCUCCAUCGAAUGACCGCUAUGGAGCGGGAGGAGAAGGAGAAGGUGAAAAAGAGAGAGAAGAAGCUGGAGGAUGAAGAGACGAUGCAGCAGGCGACAUGGGUGAAAUACACUUUCCCCAUUAAGCACCAGGUGUGGAAACAGAAGGGCGAGGAGUACAGAGUGACUGGUUAUGGUGGCUGGAGCUGGGUCAGCAAGACCCAUGUCCCACGCUUUGUCCCUCGAUUACCCGGAAACACAAACGUCAACUAUCGAAAAGCACUUGAAGCUGCUAAUACUGGCAAGGAUAGUCAGACAUCCUGCCCAGAGAAAUCCCAAAACCCAAUCCCUGAAACCCCAAAGCAACACUCCUCUAGAGAGGCGCAAACACUCAAAGAGGAGGAUGAACAAAAGGGAGAAAAGAUGGAGGUAGAUGAGAAGGCUGUGGCUAAGAGUGAUGAGCUUAACAAAAAUGAAGCCUCUGAAAAGAUGGACACGAGCACCCCUGACAUCACUGGCCCCAGUGAAGAAAAAGUUAUUAUGAAAUGCACAGCCUCACCUUUGAAGAAUGAUCAGUGUGUGAAAGGGGAAUCUAUUGAUUGCAAAGAGUCCAAAGUCAGUGCAGCAGUUCAGCCUCCAGUGUCAUUUGAAGAUGUAGUUAAUGUCAGCCAGGGUUUUCAGCAGCGCACAGCUUACAAGAAGAAGGGCAAAGGAUCAAAGUUGGAUGGUCUUCUGGAGCGGCGGGUCAGGCAGUUCACAUUGGAGGAAAGGCAGAGACUUGAGAAGCUGAAGCAAGUUGCUGCCUCGAAACCCGCCACUGAAAAUGGGACAAAGGAUCAGGAGAAGACCAGUCCAUCUCUGAACCAAGAGCUUAAAACUGAAGGACCUUCUUUUCAAGCUACAAAAACUGUUCUUUCUAAUAAGGCAGCAAACCCAAUGGUGAAGGAAAAAGACCCUGUAGUACAAAAGCUUGAAUUUGACCAAGAUGAGCCAGUGAUGCAUGGUUCUUCGGAACAGACUGGAAAUCUUGAUGUCAGACUGGGGUCCAAUGUAAAGACUGAAGCAGCUGCAUCUCUUGCAGACAAAGAGCGGAAAGUAGCACCAGAACCAGAGCACAAAACAGGCAAUGGCACAUUAAUAACCGACGCUGAGCUUAAUGGAGGCUCUCGGAAAGAUCUGGAAGGCAGCCUUAACUUAAACAGCAAAAUGGCAUGUCUGAAAUUUGAGGGUACAGAGAAGAAGGAUACAACCAAAAACAGUUCUUCCAUGGGAGAGAAUGGUAUAUUAAGUAUAGAAACAAACUUGCCAGUGCAUGUCAAUGGCAGUGAUGGUUCAAUGGACUCUCCGUCCACUAAUCUGACCAAUAAUAUCAACUCGAAAGAAAUGAAGCAGAGUGAAGAGGAGGAGACAAAAAUGCUUCCCUCCAAGGAUCCCAUAAAAUCGCUAAUGAAUGGUGACCUGAUUCAAGGCAGCCAGAACGAGAAACUGCAGCCUAAUGAAGAAACACAGAUGGACAAGUCUGACUUGGAGUAUCUGCCUUCUCAGAAGGUUGCCAGACUGGACAGCAACACUGAGGGCAUAGCUGACUCUGCUAUUAGUUCUACUCCCUCCCAACUUUCCCCAGGAGAAAUUGUAAAGUCAGACGGGCUUAGUAGCAGUACCAAGGUAUCACCAAUGGAGACUGAAGAGGCCAAGUUGAAAACUCUCAGCCCGUCGCCUAUUCUGUCAACUGAGGAGUCCAGCCUAAGCAGUGAUGUUGCUGAGAAUAGCACUAACAGUGGUAGUGGGGCCAAGACCAUAAUAACGGAAGUCACCACUACCACCACUACAACCACUACAGUGUCUACCGAGUCGCACGUUCUGGAAGCAUCCAGCUUGCCUGAUGGUACCACUACCAGUAAAGCUCCUUCAACAUUGACAUCAGCUGAACCGAAAGUGGAAUCCAGCAUGUCAGUCUCUACUCUUUCCACUACAACCACCACCAAAGUAACCAAGGUUACAAACCCAACCCUUGGAGCUAAAGUUACAGAGCAGAGCAAGACCAUUGUCACAGCAACGUUUACUGAUGCUAAAUCAGCACCCUCAAGUACCUCUCUGACCUCAGUCACGCUGAGUAAGGAGUUCUCCACCAGAGACAGAGUGCGGUUAUUGAAGUUCUCCCGCUGCAAGAAGACCCGGUCUGGUACGGCUCUGCCUUCGUAUCGCAAGUUCGUAACAAAGAGCAGCAAGAAGAGCAUUUUCGUGCUUCCCAAUGAUGACUUAAAGAAGCUUGCGAGGCGAGCAGGUAUCCGUGAGGUGCCUGUCUUUAAUUACAAUGCCAAGCCAGCUGUAGACAUCUGGCCCUAUCCGUCCCCAAGGCCCACAUUUGGAAUCACAUGGAGGUACCGGCUUCAGACAGUAAAGUCUUUGGCUGGAGUGAGUCUGAUGUUACGCUUGCUUUGGGCAUGCCUCAGGUGGGAUGAUAUGUCAGUGAAGCCCUCUGCUGCUGUUGGAACUACACGCACAGAAACAUCUGACACUGAGAUAACGACAACUGAGAUUAUUAAGCGAAGAGAUGUGGGGCCUUAUGGUAUCCGCUCAGAGUAUUGCAUCAGGAAAAUUAUUUGCCCCCUUGGUGUGCCUGAGGCUCCCAAAGAGACCCCCACACCCCAAAGAAAGGGUCUGCGCUCAAGUGCUCUACGACCAAAGAAACCAGAGCCCUCCAAGCAGACGGGGCCUGUUGUGAUAGAGAACUGGGUGCCAGAGGAGGAGCUGGAACUGUGGGAGAUACGAGCCUUUACUGAAAGGGUUGAGAGGGAAAAGGCACAAGCAACAGACCCAACUAAGGUUAGUGUACAGAAGACCGCUGAGGAGGUCAAGGCCCAGUUGGAAGCUCAACUAAAGCAACAGAGAUUGGCAGCCCAGCAGAAACGUUUGGAGCAGCAAAAAACUGGAGGAACCACAACCCAAUCCAAUGUGAGCAGCACACCUACCAGCACUGCAUCUUCCACCCAGAAGGUGGUGGUAGGUUCUCUGACCAGUCCAGUCACCCCUGCGACAAAAGUGGUACUUGCCACCAAGUUAGGUACUCCGGUGCAAUUUCAGCAGGGCAAGAACUUCCAGCAGUCCUUUGCCUCCUGGGUCAAGCAGGGCCAAAGCAAUACAGCCUCCACUACUUCCGUUACCACAGUGGUGGCGAGUAGCGUCAGCACAUCUGGGCAAACGUUCCAGAUCGCUGCUGCAUCAGGCUUGAUGACUGGCAAUGUCAUCACCGCCAAACUGCCUCUGCCGGCCAACAGCAAGAUAGUCACAGUGAACGUGCCAACCACGCAAGGAGGUGUUGUCCAGGUGCAGCAGAAGGUUGUGGGCAUCAUUCCAUCCAGUACAACAGCCACGGCUCAAUCAUACACCUCAUUCCAGCCUCGUUUGGGCAGUGUCAACAUCCGACCCAACACCAGCACCUCCACACAGCAGGCCACCACUACUGGAACCCCUGUCCGGCCUGGGAUGACGGUGGUCCGUUCGCCCCUCCAACAGGCCACAACUUUGGGCAAGACCAUCAUACGCACACCCCUGAUGGUUCAACAAGGUCAGGGUCAGCAGGUGGUAACUCAGAUCAUCCGAGGAACGCCUGUAUCAAAGGCUGUGAGCAGCGGUACCCCAACGCAGGUGGUGGGUUCUCCUCCGCGACCCUCCACUCCUGGACAGCCCCAGACUCCACAGACCCCCAGCAGCACCCGACCACAGCAAGGCCAAGUUAAACUCACCCUGGCUCAGCUAACGCAGCUCACACAAGGAGCACAGGGUGGGAAUCCAGGUUUGACUGUGGUGAUCCAGGGUCAGGGGCAGACCACAGGGCAGCUGCAGGUCAUCCCACAGGGUGUGACUGUGAUCCCAGGUCCUGGUCAGCAGCUCAUGCAGGCAGCUAUGCCAAAUGGCCAGGUCCAGCGCUUCCUCUUCACUCCUAUGCCACCAGCACCAGCUACUCCAGCUCCCGCUGUAUCCGCACCCAGCACCUCAGCAACUCCUGCUGGCAGCAGCCCAGCUACCACCACCACCACCGCCGCGGUACCUACAAUGCCAACGCGGCCAGCAAUACAACCUUCAGCCCAGUUCUCACCAAUCACCCAACCCUCCAGCCUUCCCUCAUCUCCACCCUCUCUUUCUAAACCCCAACCUACGUUACAGCCAGCCACCACAUCUCAAACAACAACAUCUGCUCCAGUUCCUACUCUCCAAACUCAGUUUUCUUCAGCACAGGCCCUGCUGCAACCACAAUCCCAAAUCCAACCCCAAACUCAGUCACAGCCACAAAGCCAGUCCCAAGCCCAACUACAUCAAACCCAGCCACAAGCCAAAACCCAACCACAACUUCAAAGCCAGCUACAGCAACAACCGCAAAUCCAGACUCAACCCCAACUUCAAGCCCAGUUGCAGUACCAAGUUCCAUCACAACCCCAAUCACAGCUCCAAAUCCAGUCUCAACAGCAACUCCAACCACAACCUCCACAGCAAGCAAAGCUCCAACCCCUGCAGCAGCUUCAACCUCAGCAGCUGACUCAAGCACAGCCACAAUUUCAGCCCCAACAGCAACUCCAAUCCCAACUCCAACAGCAGCCCCAACCCCAGGUACAACUUCAGCCUCAACAGCAGCCCCAUCCCCAGGCACAACUUCAGCCUCAGCAGCAGCUCCUGCCUCAGCAGCAGCUCCAACCCCAGGUACAACUUCAGCCUCAACAGCAGCCUCAACAGCAGGCACAGCUUCAGCCUCAACAGCAGGCACAGCUUCAGCCUCAACAGCAGGCACAGCUUCAGCCUCAACAGCAGGCACAGCUUCAGCCUCAACAGCAGGCACAGCUUCAGCCUCAACAGCAGGCACAACUUCAGCCUCAACAGCAGCCCCAACCCCAGGCACAGCUUCAGCCUCAACAGCAGCCCCAACCCCAGGCACUACAUCUUCAAAAGCAAACCCAACCCCAGCUGCUACUGCAGUCUCAACAGCAACUCCAAUCCCUACAGCAACUCCAGCCUCAACAGCAGUCCCAGCUCCAUCUUCAGCCUCAACAGCAGUCCCAGCUCCAUCUUCAGCCUCAACAGCAGUCCCAGCUCCAUCUUCAGCCUCAACAGCAGCUCCAGCCACAGCCACCGCUUCAGUCCCAACAGCAGCUCCAGCCACCGCUUCAGUCCCAACAGCAGCUCCAGCCACCGCUUCAGUCCCAACAGCAGCUCCAGCCACCGCUUCAGUCCCAACAGCAGCUCCAGCCACCGCUUCAGUCCCAACAGCAGCUCCAGCCACCGCUUCAGUCCCAACAGCAGCUCCAGCCACCGCUUCAGUCCCAACAGCAGCUCCAGCCACCGCUUCAGUCCCAACAGCAGCUCCAGCCACCGCUUCAGUCCCAACAGCAGCUCCAGCCACCGCUUCAGUCCCAACAGCAGCUCCAGCCACCGCUUCAGUCCCAACAGCAGCUCCAGCCACAGUCCCAACAGCAGCUCCAGCCACAGCUUCAGUCCCAACCGAAACCCCAACUCCAUCCUCAGCUGCAACAUCAGAUUCAACAGCCACAACUCCUGCCUCAACAGCCUUCUCGUGUCCAAUCCCAGCCACAACUACAGCCCCAAACUCAAUCUCAUAUGCCUGCUCAAACCCCAGUCCAGCCCACUUCCCCCUUACCUGUUUCUCCUGUAGCCCAAGUGACUUCCCCCCCAACACAGGUAGCCUCCAUUGCUGUAGCCCCACAGGUAACCCAGACCACGGUAACUCAGGUUCGGCCUCAGAUCCAGCUCCCUGCCCAGCUUCUUAAUGUUCCAGGGAUCCAGCAGCAAGUUCUGUCCCACAUCCAGAACCAAGUGGCACAGCUCCAGGCCCAGGCCCAGCACGGUACACUUCCCCAGCAGAUCAAACUGCAGCUGCCUAUCCAGAUCCAGCAGCAGGGUGGAGGCCAAGUGCAGACGCAUCAGAUCCAGAAUGUGGUGACUAUUCAGACAGCCAGCGUCCAGGAGCAACUCCAGCGCAUCCAGCAGCUGCGAGAUCAGCAGCAGCAGAAGAAGAAGCAGCAAGAGGCUAAGAGGGAGCAGGCUCAACAGGCUGCCAGUCAGAGUGAGCUGCUGCAGAAGCAGGUGGUCAUGAAACAGAAUGCAGUCAUAGAGCACUUAAAGCAGAAGAAAGCCAUGACGCCUGCAGAGAGAGAGGAGAAUCAGAGGAUGAUUGUGUGUAACCAGGUGAUGAAGUUCAUACUGGAUAAGAUCGACAAAGAUGAAAAGCAGGCAGCCAAAAAGCGGAAGCGGGAGGAGUCGGUGGAGCAGAAACGCAGCAAACAGAAUGCCAGCAAGCUUUCGGCUCUGCUCUUUAAACACAAAGAGCAACUGAAAGCUGAGAUCCUGAAGAAGAGAGCGCUGCUAGAUAAGGAGUUACAGGUGGAGGUGCAGGAGGAGCUGAGGAAAGAUCUGAGCAAGCUGAGGAGAGAGAAGGAGAAAGCCCAGGUGGCAGCAUCUCAAGCAGCUGCCACAGCCAUUAGUGUUCAGGCAGCCUCACUCUCCACACAUUUCUCCACGGUCACUUCGCCACCCUCCAGUCAUAAACGCAAACGAGACGAGGAACGCGAUGCAGCCUUGUCUAAGAGCAAGAAGAAGAAGAUGAUCUCCACCUCAUCGAAGGACAGCAAGAGAGACACAAAACUGUACUGUGUAUGCAAAACACCCUACGACGAAUCCAAGUUUUAUAUUGGCUGUGAUCUCUGUUCAAACUGGUACCAUGGUGAGUGUGUGGGCAUUACAGAGAAGGAGGCCAAGAAGAUGGAUGAUUACAUCUGUAUGGAAUGUAAAAGAGCACAGGAAGGCAGCUCAGAGGAGCUCUACUGCAUCUGCAGAACACCAUACGAUGAGUCCCAAUUCUACAUUGGCUGUGACCGCUGCCAGAACUGGUACCAUGGACGCUGUGUGGGCAUUCUGCAGAGUGAGGCGACUCACAUUGACGAAUAUGUGUGCCCUCAGUGCCAGUCUACAGAGGAGGCCAUGACCGUCCUGUCCCCGCUCACAGAUAAGGAUUAUGAGGGUUUGAAGCGAAUCCUCCGCUCCUUACAGACCCACAAAAUGGCAUGGCCGUUUCUGGAACCAGUGGACCCUAACGAUGCUCCAGAUUACUAUGGGGUCAUAAAGGAACCGAUGGAUCUAUCCACAAUGGAACAGAGGGUACAGAAACGAUUUUACAGCAAGCUAACGGAAUUCGUAGCGGACAUGACCAAAAUUUUUGACAACUGCCGCUACUACAACCCCAGCGACUCACCUUUUUACCAGUGUGCCGAGUUUUUGGAAUCGUUCUUUGUACAGAAGCUCAAAGCUUUCAAAGCAAGCAGAUUGAUGUCUUGAGUCUGACGUAUAGCUGGAAUCUAUGCUGAAGGGGUGGAGUUUCUCUUUUUUAUAGAUACUUGGAACUUGCUCUUUUAUGAGCAGCUGAAACUCCACACGAUUUUUUUUAACGAUUUAAGUUAAUUCAGUAAUGUUUUUUUCAUCAAAAGGGAGGGAAACCUCCCAUUAAAACCAAAAGUGUCCCGAGCAUGGCUUCAUUGACAAUCACACAAUGGCAGCCAUGUUGUUAAACGAUGAACACAAGAGAUAUGUCUUAAGUGCAUACACAGUUAUGUGGAUUUAUUUUAAACCCUCUUGUUAAUAAUGUUCACGUAUUAGUAAGUAUGAUAUUUUAUUUGUAUAUGCCUAACAACAAUGCCUUGUUUUCCUCCAAUGUGUUUACUUUGGCACUGGUCAAAUAUUUUGUAUAUUUUAUUGUAAGAUGGAUUUGGAUUAGUCUCUUUAUGCAGCCUUUUCUGGUUCAUCCACUUGUCCUGGACUAAUGUGUUUGUUUAUCAUGUGUUCUCAAAGGUGAACAAAUCUUUGCUCAUCAUUCAUCUGCAAUAUUUUGUCAGCCUAACAGUAAUAAAAAAGUUUGUAUUUAAGAUGUGUCUUUUGGGCAGAUUCUGGUUUUAAAUCCUUUUGUGAAGGAUUUUGUUAUAAAAAAAAUGGUGAUACUGAAUUGGAGAAUUGAAUAUUUUGUGUAAUGUUGCUAUACAGACAUAACCAUGACAUUUCAUUUCGUUUUGACUUAAAAAAAAAAAAAAAAAAAAAAAAAAAAUUUUUUUUUUUUUUUUUUUUUUUUUUUAUAAACGGAAUGGAAAUGCAGAAAAGAUUUGGUUCUAGAAAUACUGCAAAAUGACAGAAGGGCUUUCCUUGGAGAUUUAUGCCAACAUGGCUGCCAUGUCCCUCCCAUAUCAUCACCCUCCGGGCAUUCAUAUGUGUCCUUUAGCUAUCUGUCUCAUUUCAUUUAGUUCGUCUCGUGUUUUUUUUUUUUUGGUUGUUUUUUUUUCCUCGUGUCAUGUCCGCUGUUCAAUAAAAAACAUCAAACAGCUUCACUUCAGUUUGCUCUCUUUUGUAUUCUGUAGGUCUCAUAACAACAAACUACAGUCUUCAGCUUCGUAGAAUACAACCACACGUGGUGCUAACGCACGUCUCUAAAGGAUAUGUUUGGGGGGAGGGGGGAACUCUGGACAGUCAAUCCAAGGGAACCAAGCAUCUUCUAUGUCAGAGAUGCCCUACACAUUCUCCAUUUUCUUUCUCACUCGACCCAAACUGACGGUUCUUGUCCAGUCGACCAGCAACGCACAUGACUGCAGUGUUUAAAGCAGCGUCUCUUUGACAUGCCCUGCUCUCUGACUGGAGUGAACAGGCAGUGGAGGGAUUACAUGAAGCAUUUUGUAACAUUUGUUACCUCAAAGCAAUGACUUUUGGAUGGAACGUCGUGUUUUUUUAAAAUCAUGUUUGCAUAAUCCAGGGUCCAGGUCUACAUAUACCUUUCAUGACAAUAGACAAUGACAUGUUUUCAUGUGAUGUGCAAGAAUUAGGUGGAGCCUGGACACGACUAACUGUGUUUGAGAAGCAGUUGGUUUUGUGGUGGAUUAGAGUUCAGGAUGCCUGAAAAAGUAAACUUUAUUCAGAUGCAGGUUUUUAGCUGUUUCAUGCCGAGUGACUGAAGCAGCUGAACACCACGAUCAGUCUGGAGGCGUUCUGUUUGUAUGUCUCUUCUUCCUUUUUCUUUCUUUUUUUGUAAUACAGCUGAAGAAAUAUUGAUGUAUAUGAAUCGUAAAUAAAUGGAAAGGGUUCUCUUUCCCACACUGAUGAA